CGUUAUGCUAAUGAAAUCGCACUUUGUACUGCGGCAGUGCAAAUCAUUGUUAGACUUAUCUGUUUUCUAAAAUUUCUUUUAUAUUAUUAAGUUCAAUUAGUGAACUAUUUAAAUAUUUACCAUGCCAUUGCAAGGAAUAAAGGUUUUAGAAUUUGCUGGUUUGGCUCCUGCUCCGUUUUGUGGAAUGAUUCUUAAAGAAUUUGGAGCAUCUGUUACCAGAAUAGAUAAAGUUGGACAGACACAUACAAUAGAUGUUUUAGGUAAUGGCAAAUCUUCAAUUGCUAUGGAUUUAAAGCAUACUAAAUCAGUUGACAUUGUAAAAAAGCUUUGUAAAGUAAGCGAUGUUCUAAUUGAACCUUUUCGGCCAGGUGUUAUGGAAAAAUUGGGCUUGGGGCCUAAUAUUCUUUUGGCAGAAAAUCCUAGAUUGAUUUAUGCUCGAUUAACAGGAUUUGGUCAGAAAGGACUAUACAGCUUGAGGGCUGGUCAUGAUAUUAAUUAUAUUGCAAUUUCUGGUGUUUUAUCUUUAUUAGGUAGAUACAACGAAAAGCCUACAUUUCCUAUCAAUUUGAUAGCAGAUUUUGCUGGGGGUGGUCUAUUAUGUGCUUUUGGAAUUGCAUUAGCAUUACUUGAGAGAUUUAAAUCUAACAAAGGACAAGUCAUAGAUUCUAAUAUGGUUGAGGGGGCAGCUUAUGUUGCAAGCUGGAUCACUAGAUCACAGCAUUUACCAAUCUGGGGCAACGAAAGAGGUAAAAAUAUUUUGGAUACCGGAUCACAUUUUUAUGACACUUAUAAAACUAAAGAUAAUAAAUAUAUGGCUGUUGGAGCCAUAGAACCACAGUUCUAUGUGAAAUUUAUAGAAGGUUUGGGAUUAUCUGUGAAUGACGUACCACAAUUCUCAAAUAUGGAAGAAAGCAAGAAAAUUAUAUCAGAUAAAUUUCUUCAAAAAACUCAAGAAGAAUGGUGUGAAAUUUUUGAAAAUGUUGAUGCUUGUGUCACACCAGUUUUAACUAUGUCUGAAGCUCCAGAUAAUAAACAUAAUAAGGAAAGAGAAAGUUUCAUAAGUAGUACAGAGUAUAAUCAUAAGAUUCCCAAGCCUGCACCAUUCUUAUAUAGAACUCCUGGAAUGACCAGAGCAAAUUUAUCAAAUACUUUGCCUGGAAAAGAUACAAUAACUAUUUUGCAAAAACUUAACUAUAAUAAACAAGAAAUAGAUGAUUUGAUAUCCAGUGGAGUAGUAGAGCAAUCAAAAAUGAGCAAAUUAUAA